AUUGCCUUCGAUGUCGUUCGAGCCGCCUUCACCAAGCGCAUUCGUCUAGAGGAUUUCCUGACUGAGUGCAAAUGCGCCGACUUCUCCUUUGCCGCCAUGGACCGGUCGCCUGUCGCGCGGAUGAUGGAGGGCACCGAUUACGUAAUCGGCAUUAUGGCUUACGAACAAAGCCGAGAGUCCAAGUACGAGCGAGAACAGCCAGACACACCUCCUUCUGAGCAGGCUUUUACAUUUGGCUUUUCACGUAUUCCCUUCUAUACGCCCGUGGCUAUCGUUCUCUUUCGACCGGAGAGCAAAUUUCUGAGCCAGAUGAAACUGUGA